AUGUCAGACAACGCAGCAAAGAUUAAGCUCGAACUACCUUCGAAACUACGGACAUUCAGUUUUACUUUUGAAACCAAGCGGCCAGGGCCUGUGACAGUCGAAAUCUCGCUACAACAGCCCACCAAGUGGCCCAGAUUACUACAAGUUCCUGAACAUGUCGACCUCAACGCGACUGAACCUGAAACUCCCGACCGACUUCAAGUUAUGCGCUGGCAAGAGGCCCAGAAAUACAAAAAAGAUGCAGCUGAAGCCAUGGCGUGGUUUGAUGCAGAAGAGGCCUUCGAUAGUAGUGACACAGAGAAAGAGACUCCAGCAGAGUUCACCCGCUGGUACCAGGCCAAGGAGGCUUUGAACAACCUAGCUCAAACUUCUCUCGUUGAUGAUACAUAG